AUGUCUCGAGAGAUACAAGAUCAAAAAUCGAUCGCUAAGCUGCAACCAGAAUUAACUUCUACAAUUGAAGGAGCAGAGGAUACAAGUAGACCCAAUGCAUCAAAUAGAGCGAUUAAGUUUCCUAUCACACCGUUGGAAGAUUUAAAAGACCGGCCAUUUCCUAAAACCGCUGCUUGUUUAGUUAUCGGUGAUGAAAUAUUAAACGGAAAGACUGUAGACACGAAUUCAGGAUAUUUUGCUAAAUUCUGCUUCGAUUUGGGGAUUGACGUUAAAAGAAUUGAAGUUAUUCCGGAUGAAGAAGAUACGAUUAUUGAAGCGGUGCGUCGAUUAAGUAGUAAUUAUGAUUUUGUGGUAACUAGUGGUGGAGUAGGAUCCACGCACGAUGACAUUACAUAUCCCUCAAUUGCACAUGCCUUUGGUCUCGAAUUGGUCUAUCACAAACAGACAAUGGAUCGAAUGAUCGGAUCCAUGAAAAACCACCCUUUAUUAAAAAAAAAACUGAGCGCUGAAGUCACUACAGCAAAUAAACGAAUGACACUUUUCCCAACACCUUCGCUCGUCGUUUACCCAAAUGAAACAAUAUGGGUUCCAAUUGUGAUCGUGAACAACAAUGUCCACAUCCUACCCGGAAUUCCAUCUUUAUUUCGAGGCCUGCUGGGCGAAUUCGACAAAUAUUUCGCCCAACAAGGAGAAAAAUUUAUCCGGGUAUUUGUUCGUACAUACCAACCAGAAUCAUUUAUCGCGCCUGUAUUAACAGAGGUGCAGAAAAAAGUAGCCCAUUUAGGAGUAAAAGUUGGUAGUUAUCCUAAAUGGACAAAUGAAAAACGAUGGGUGGUUGUUAGCUUUUUGGCAAGGGAGAAACGGAAAUCGGUAGUUGAAGAAUUGGCAAAAGAGGUCGCUGAAAAAAUUAAUGGCUAUAUCAUCAAUACAUCUGAUGAUCCUGAAGAAUCUGAAAUUAGUAAGUUAUAA